AUGCAUGCACUCGUGGUAGCCGGCGCCGCAAUCGUAGGUGGACGUGUCCGGCUCGGGGGGGAGGCCCGAGGGGGGCUGGCCCGAGGGCGGCGGCAGCUCCACGGGGCAGCCCCUGCCCGCGUGCCUGCAGCACCAGAGCUUCUUGGCCCCGCUCCAGCCGCGCACCCACUGCAGCGGGUCCAGGUCGUUGUACCCCGCGUUGCAGUCAUGGGGCACGGCGUCGUGGUGGGCGCCGGCGGGGCCAGGGGCGGCGGGGGAGGGGGUGGCAGGGGCGGGGGCGGCGGCGGCUGCUGCUGCUGCGGCGGCGGGGUCGUCGGGCACCCCUUCCCGACCUUCUCGCAGCACCACGCCCUCUUGCCAGUCGUCCAAGUUCGCUGGGCGGCCAUGGAGCAAUCGUACGACAGCUUGGAGCUGACCAGCUCCGGCGUCGGCAAGAAGGGGGCUUGGAUGGGGGCAACAGUCGUCGUUGAGGUGUCCACCGCCGGGACGAGCAGCCACCAUGCCAAUAGGAGCAGCAGCAGGGGCAAGGCGCAGAGCCCCGUGCACACCACGCAGCUCGGGCCCCGCUGGGGCAUCGUCACGAGGCCCCACUGCCCGGCGCCACGGCCGAUGAACCUGAACGUUUGUUGCAGCACGUAG